AUGUCAAUUUUCAAGAGCAUCAGUCGUGCUACUAUGAUUGGCAGCCUUGCUGCAUUAAGUUGUGCUCCUGCAAUUCGUCGCCGUCUUUCAAUUGUAUCUAUUCACUCUAUCUUUCCAGCGACAUUAUAUCGAUUCCAACUCCAACGCGAAUCCGGACUCUACGAUAAGAGGCUGCAGGCAUAUGAUGCAGAAGUUGAGGACGCUCUGGAGAUCGCAGAUGAUGGAAUGGUUUAUCCAGGAAUUACCAAUACAGUUUCGAAUGGAGCCCUCUUCAUGCCAAAUACACACUUCAUGCAAGAAUUAAGUCGGAUGUCCUACGACUACCAUAUGGACGCCGCGGAAGGUGGCCAACACUCCGCUGAUCUACACUACUUAUGUAUACCAAAAGGCAAGACACCUGAUGUUCGGGACUUGUAUUCCCGAUGCUUUGACACUCUUGCGUGA